GCUAGUCGGCCCUGGUCGGCCGGAACGCGCAGGCGGCGAACGCGUCCCCGGACGAGGAUGCGACGAGUACGCGUUGCCCUAGGCCCGAUCGAUGCAACGCGCGCGACCGCGAGAUCCGAGACUUAUAUCGCGAUAGCGAGCGACCCGCGAGUAUGGACGUGAUAAGGCUCGAGGGCCGGGCCCCCGACGUCGGGGACUUCCUCAAGGAGGCCAUGCUCUCCCAAAGAUUCGCCGACGUCGCACUCUGCUGCCCCGGCGGACAGAAGUUCCUCGCUCACAGAUUGGUCCUGUCCGCGGCCAGCCCUUACCUGCAGGAAGUGCUGCUGGCGCACAGUGGCUGGAGCAGCUAUAGCGAGCCGAUCACAGUGAUCCUCGCGGAGGUGGAGGGCCCGGAGCUCGCGGCCCUCCUCGGCUUUGUGUACACGGGUAGCACGACGGUGCCGCGGGGUCGCCUCGAGGCCUUCCUCCACGCGGCCGAAGCCCUGCGUAUUCGACUCCCGGCGCUACCCACCCCGGGCGACGAUUACGUCCGCUGCGAGCAGUGCCCCGAGGGUUGUUGCGGCCCGGUCUGGCCGGGAGCCGUCCUCCCUCCGCCGGACUACAAUCACGCCGGCGAAGACCUGAGCUGCAGGGAGAGUUGCUGGCGGCUGCCCAGGAGGCAGGUAGCAAACCAGGUAACGGCCUCGCCCUGGCAUCAGAUACUCAGGCCCCAUCAUUCCCCGAAGCUGCAGCCGAUCAUCCUCCAGAGCCACCAGGAGCCCGUGGAACAGGUGCUGGAGACAUCGUCAGGCCGGUUAUCACGGCCGGAGGCAUACGGAACGCCCUCCCCGAGGCUCGGCGAGCUCCAGUCUCUCUACGAAGUUCCUACGGCAAGUGAAUUCUAUGGGUCGACGAUCCCCAGGGUGGCCAGCGUCCCACCGAGCCAGAGUCGCGUUAAGCCCGAGCUUUCACUACCCGUAAGCCGGCUCUGUGAUUCCCUGGCAACGGAGACAUCGACCCCCGAGCCCCCGUCACAACCCGUCAUCUUCGUCGUCAAGAAGGGUACCCCGGUGCUCCUUAGCGAUGACAACAACAACAACAGCAGCAGCAGCAGCAACAACAACAACAACAACAACAACAACGACGACGACGACGGUAUCGACAGCAACACCAACAACAAUAAUAACAACGGCGUUGGCGGUGUAAACACCAGCAGCUGCAACAACGCGAGUCCCAAGAUUGUAGAGGCUGCCUCGGCUGCCAACGACCAUCACAAGUGCGAACAAUGCGCCAAAACUUUCGUCACCAGAGCAUCUCUCAAGGUCCACCUACGUACGCACUCCGGGGAAAAGCCCUUCCGAUGCACCGACUGUGGCAAGCAAUUCUCCCAGUUGCGCAACUACAAGUACCACCGGUCGGUCCACGAGGGCACGAGGGAGUUCGCCGCGAGCUGCCCGGAGUGCGGCAAGUGCUUCAACGACCGGGGCUACCUCAGCUCCCACAUGAAGAUCCACCGGAACCGCAAGGAGUACGCCUGCGCGGAAUGCGGCAAGAGCUUCAAUCAGCGCGUCGCCUACAACAUGCACGUGCGCAUCCACACGGGCCUCAAGCCCCACGAGUGCGAGCAGUGCGGCAAGGCCUUCUCCAGGAAGAUGCUGCUCAAACAACACCUGCGCACUCACUCGGGCGAACGGCCCUACCAGUGCCAAGUCUGCCAGAAGGCCUUCGCCGACCGCUCGAACAUGACCCUCCACACGCGACUCCACUCCGGCCUCAAGCCCUAUCAGUGCACCCUCUGCUCCAAGGCCUUCACCAAGAAGCACCACCUCAAGACCCACCUUAACUACCACACGGGCAGCAAGCCGUACUCCUGUCCCAACUGCACACUCAGCUUCUCCCAGAGCAGCAACAUGCGCACUCACUACAAGAAAUGCGCCCUUAACAAUCCCAAGCCCGAGCAGUCGACGGGGAAAGCCGAACAGCCAACGACGAGCCUCACGCCGCCCAACUCCGAUCAGGAAUCAGGUGCCCUACAGCCACCCGCCACAACCUUCCACCAGAGCCCAGACUCCGGCCUCACCAAUCUCCCCGCACACAAAUCAUAAUCAAUUUACGCGUAUCUACGAUCUUCUAUUUUAGACUCUAUGCAUACGUUACGGUCGGCCGGCAAUACGAGCCAUCGACCAUUCAUGUCCAUUAAAUUAUAAUAAAUAUUACGUUCAUGUACGUUUGUCUGCCUAACUCUUUACUUUCACGACCCCUCUGCUCUACCUAUCCUUUUCUCGUCUGGGACUACUCACCUCGGCGACAGCUUCGAACAAGGUAAGAAUAACAUUACAUCUCCAUAGACUUUUUGUUUUUUUCACCAAACUUACGUCGCUUCACGAUUUCACGCUCACACAUACACAGAGCCAUUAAUGAAUUAUU